GGUCGAGUGUCAAAAGCGCGCCGAAAAACCCUGAAAGCACGUUUACUCCCUCUAGCUAGGCAAAGGCGCAAUGCAAUUAUACCAAGAAAUGUAGCUUAUAUUUUGUACUUUUCAGUGUAUGACGUGUGCUGUGUAUCCUGACAUAGCAAUUUAACAAAAUGCAAGGAAUAAAAUAAUUAUAUUUUAUCAACAAACUCUAAACAGGAGAGAAAUAUAAAAAGAUUAGUGAAAAAAGUACACUUCCGCUCGAACCUUUCUUGACUUCCUUUUUACUUCCGAAGCUGCACAUUUCAGUCAAACAGCUCCAGGUUUACAAAAUGAAGAUCGUUACCUGGAACAUAAAUGGCAUAAGGACUUUCAGAGGCGGCAUUAAAAAGGCUCUUGAUUCACUAGACGCAGAUAUUAUCUGCAUUCAGGAGACAAAAGUGACAAGAGACCUGCUUGAUGAGAGAACUGCAAUUGUUGACGGCUACAACUCCUAUUUCAGUUACAGUCGAGGACGCAGCGGCUAUUCAGGGGUCGCCACUUACUGUAAGGACAGUGCCACGCCUUUUGCUGCUGAGGAGGGUCUCACAGGUCUGCUGACCAACCACGAGGGGGCUGUUGGAUGCUACGGUGAUCCCACCGAGUUUUCAAGUGAGGAGCUACAGCUUUUGGACAAUGAAGGACGAGCCAUCAUCACGCAGCACAGAAUAAUGUGUCAGGACAAAGUGCAAACUGUUACUGUAAUCAAUGUAUACUGUCCACGGGCUGACCCCGAAAAGCCAGAGCGAAAACAGUUCAAACUGCAGUUCUACAAAUUGCUUCAGUGUCGGGCUGAAGCUAUACUGAAAGAUGGCAGCCAUGUGAUUGUUUUAGGAGAUGUAAAUACAUCUCACCGGCCAAUAGACCACUGCGACCCCAGUGAUAUUGAUGGUUUCGAUGAAAACCCUGGAAGAAAAUGGCUGAAUGUUUUUUUGCACAGUGGCAAACUAGAAGAGGACAGGAAUGAUGAGGAACCCGAUGAAGAAUCUGAGGUAGCUUCAACAGAUCCCAUCUACGGUGGAAAAUUUGUGGAUACCUUUCGCUAUUUCCACCCAACUCGAAAAAAUGCCUUCACAUGCUGGUCCACUCUCACUGGAGCACGGCAGACCAACUAUGGCACACGCAUUGACUAUAUAAUCGCUGAUUGCCAGCUAGCCAAGGAGCAGUUUGUGGCGGCAGACAUCAUGCCAGAGGUGGAGGGGUCAGACCACUGUCCUGUAUGGGGGCGACUGAGCUGCCCUCUCCUGCCCAGCUCUAAGCCUCCUCCCCUUUGCACUCGCUACCUGCCGGAGUUUGCUGGCAAGCAGCAGAAACUCUCCCGCUUCCUUGUUAAAGUGGACCAAAGAUCAGUUCAGGCUGAGCAGAGGGGUGCAUUACCUGGAUCUCAAGAGGAGGAGGAAAGGAGGGAGAAUUUAAACCCAUUCGGUGCUGGAAACGUCUCUGGUAAAAAACGGGUAUUAACAUCGGAUUCUGUUGUCCCAAAAGGGAAGAAGACAAAGACAGUAAAGACUUCUUCAAAGCCACAAGGCAGCCUCCUUUCCUUUUUCAAACCUAAACUCACAAAUGUUGGUCCUCCCACUGAAGCCCCUGUCGGGCAGUGUGAAAAACCACCCGACCUGGAUGAAAUGUCCCCAACACAAAACUCUCUAAAAGUGUCGUCAGUUACAGACAAGGUACCUGAACAUACAGCGCCUUUAUUUGAUGGUUCCAAACAGAUGUGUACCAGUGGCACCACAGAGAAAUAUGACAAACAGAUGAAGGCAAAACAUUCGACCGCACAGUCCACUGUGGGACGCUCAAAUGCCAACAAAGGGGCAUCAUUUGUCUUUUGGAAGUCAGUGCUUCAUGGACCGCCUCCACCACCCUCCUGUAAGGUCCACGGGGAACCCUGCGUGCUGCGUACUGUAAAAAAAGAGGGGCCAAACAUGGGCAAACAGUUCUUUGUUUGUGCCCGUCCUCAGGGACAUGCCUCCAACCCUGAGGCUCGAUGCAGUUUCUUUGCAUGGGUUGACAAGGGGAAGUGACAUGUUUACUGCAUGGACUACAAGUUGUUUUUCCUGACGCGUCAGUAAAACCUCUAUCUCAAACAAGCAGUGUAAGAUUACUACACAGAUGCCUCAUUAUUUCACAGAUUUUAAUUGUUGACUGUGUAUUUUUUCUUAGCUAAAUAAUAAAAGACGGUAGUUUUCUAUUACUUCGAGUUUUUUUUAUUUGUUCUUAGAGCUCAAACCACUUUGUUAAUUAAUAAUCUCUAAUUUGAGGAUUUGCAACCUUUGACUUUUUUAUAGCAUUCUAAAUUAAAUUUUUCACUAUUUUCUGACAUUUCACAGACUUAAAGAUCAAUCACUUAAUUGUGAAAGGAAAAAUAAUUGACAUUCGCAGUCCUACUUGUUCUCAUCGCAUGAUACACAUCCUAUGGCCUCUGAUUGUCCAAGAUGUCAUUAUUUUGUGACCUGCAGUAAGGGGUCACAGAUAGAAUAUUUAAUUAUCACAUCUGGAUGCUGUUGUUGGUCGUUGAUUUGUAUAAUUUACUGAUCAGUGAUUUGUUGUUCUGUUACUGUGUUGUUGCCCACUAGAUGGUGAUAGUAGUGAGCUGAUGACACAAACCUUUUUCCUCAGAGAAGAGAGAAGAAAUGUAAUUUUCCACAGCAACACAUUUUAUUGACAGUACCAGCUGCACAGCCACAGAAUAACCACUGUAAAGUAGGCCAGUAGCCAGAGUAUUUUAAUCAUAAUGUGUUUUUAUUUGUCAGCUUUGGGUUUACAUUAAAUUUAAAAAGACUGGUUGAGUAUUCCAAAAAAAAUAACUUGGGUCAAUGCUAGCAGUGUCCAGAUAUGUACAGUUAGAUUAUAGUAUUUCAUAGAGUAACAGAGCACCACGUGUGGCCAGAUCAUUC